GCAAGGGACUGUGAACCACGACAUCAGGGGUGAUGUAAUCAACUAAUCACCGCAUCCAUAUCUUCUCCAAAAGUUUCAACUUUAUGUUCCUAGAACUUUUAGCAAAUUAUCUACCUCUAUCUUUCUCUCUUCUUUAAGAGAAAAAAAAAUGGAGAUAUCAGUUUCUUCGGUAACAUUUUCACUAGCUGUAGUUGUUGUGUCUUGGUGGGUAUGGAGAACGUUAAAGUGGGUUUGGUUCACACCAAAGAUGCUUGAGCGUUCCCUGAGAAGACAAGGUCUUUCCGGAACUUCUUACACGCCUCUAAUCGGCGAUUUUAAAAAGAUGAUCAGCAUGUUCAUUGAGGCAACAUCCAAACCCAUCAAACCAACAGAUGAUAUCACCCCUCGUGUCAUGCCUCAUCCCUUGCAAAUGCUCAAGACUCAUGGAAGGACUAACUUAACAUGGUUUGGACCAAUACCAACAAUCACCAUAAUGGAUCCUGAGCAAAUCAAGGAAGUGUUCAACAAAGUCUAUGACUUCCAGAAGGCGCAUACGUUUCCUUUAAGCAAAAUACUAGGCACGGGACUCGUUAGUUAUGAUGGCGAUAAAUGGGCGCAACACCGAAGAAUCAUCAAUCCGGCUUUCCACCUUGAGAAGAUCAAGAAUAUGGUACAUGUGUUCCACGAAAGCUGCAGCGAGCUUGUUGGUGAGUGGGACAAGUUAGUCUCGGAUAAAGGGUCCUCAUGUGAGGUGGACGUGUGGCCUGGGCUUACGAGUAUGACUGCAGAUGUGAUCUCCCGUACUGCUUUUGGUAGCAGCUACAGAGAAGGACACAGGAUAUUUGAACUCCAGGCAGAACUAGCACAGCUAGUCAUGCAAGCUUUUCAGAAAUUUUUUAUUCCCGGAUAUAUUUAUCUCCCAACAAAGGGUAAUAGAAGGAUGAAAACAGCAGCCAGAGAAAUCCAAGAUAUACUGAGAGGGAUCAUUAACAAAAGGGAAAGGGCAAGAGAAUCUGGAGAAGCACCAAGCGAGGAUUUGCUAGGUAUACUUCUUGAAUCAAACUUGGGGCAAACGGAAGGGAAUGGAAUGAGUACCGAGGAUAUGAUGGAAGAAUGCAAGUUGUUCUAUUUGGCCGGGCAAGAGACAACAUCAGUACUUCUGGUUUGGACAAUGGUUCUGUUGAGCCAACACCAAGAUUGGCAGGCUCGUGCACGAGAGGAAGUGAAGCAAGUUUUUGGCGAUAAACAACCUGAUACAGAAGGCCUUAACCAACUCAAAGUUAUGACGAUGAUAUUAUAUGAGGUCCUUAGGCUUUAUCCUCCUGUAGUCCAGCUGACCCGAGCCAUUCACAAAGAGAUGAAGCUCGGAGAUCUGACUUUACCAGGCGGUGUUCAGAUCAGUCUACCUGUUCUGCUUGUCCAUCGCGACACGGAGCUGUGGGGAAACGAUGCAGGGGAGUUCAAGCCUGAGAGAUUCAAAGACGGCCUCUCAAAAGCAACAAAGAACCAAGUCUCCUUCUUUCCCUUUGCGUGGGGACCAAGGAUCUGCAUUGGCCAGAAUUUUACAUUGCUUGAGGCAAAGAUGGCAAUGAGUUUGAUUCUACAGAGAUUCUCCUUCGAGCUUUCUCCUUCCUAUGUUCACGCGCCUUACACAAUCAUCACCCUUUACCCACAGUUCGGAGCUCAUCUUAUGCUGCACAAGCUCUAAUCACAUAACCCCUUGUUUUGUUAUCAAAUAAACUCAUUAUCUUUUUAUGUAUCCAAGUCAGAACUCGUGUCAUAGUUUAAUAAAACCCUUCAAGAUGUGUCAAACCCUGGAUUGCAAUAUAAUCAUCGACUGUUGCUUGACACUUCUUUUCAAACAUCACUAACAAGAGACAAACUAUGUCU